GAAUAACCAUGAAGUUCACUAUUAUUUUGAUUUGUUUUGCUGUUACAGUUUAUGCUGUUUCUGGUAACACCGGAAGUUGGCGUAUUAUUGGAGGUGAAGAUGCAGUUGAUAAACAAUUUCCUUACCAGGUAUCCCUCCGUUCUUUUGGUAUCCAUUGGUGUGGUGGUUCAAUUCUUGAUGAAAUCACCAUUUUGUGUGCUGCCCACUGUGUAAAUGGUUCCUCACCUUCUUCUUUAACAAUCCGUGUUGGUAACAAUAACCUAUCCGAGCAAACUGAAGAAUAUGAAGUUGUUUCCUUUGUAAUUCAUGAAGAUUAUGGUGUUGCUGGUAUCAAUCAUGAUCUUUCCAUCAUUAAACUGUCAAACCCCAUUAGAUUUCAUGAAGGAGUCCAACCUAUUACUCUAAGACAGGAUGAUAUCAUCGAAGAGAAUGUAACUCUCUCCGGGUGGGGCAGUAUUAGUUAUCCGCGUGAAAAAUCCGAUCAUCUUCAAUUUAUCCAUCUGAAUACAAUUUCUUUGAAAGAGUGUCAAGAAAAAUUGUCUGGAUCUGUGACUGAUUUGGAAUUGUGUACGUUUACCAAGGCUGGUGAAGGUGCUUGUCAUGGAGAUUCCGGUGGACCAUUGGUUGAUGCAAAUGGUGAACAAGUUGGUAUUGUUUCAUGGGGUAUACCAUGUGGGAUGGGAUACCCGGAUGUUUUUACCAGGGUUUAUUCAUUCUUGGAUUGGAUUGAAGCAAAUCGUCAGUAAAUGCUUGUUUUAUCAUUUUGUUAAUAAAGUAUGUGAAAAAUAAUAA